AUGGAUGACUACGAAGAACUAUUUAAGAUGGCUUUCCCAGAAUGGACUGGAGACAUCCCUGUUCUUCCAGAUACCUUGAAUGAUAUUAGUGAAGAAAACCAAGACUUCCAUCAAGAGCAAAUUGAAGAAAAUUUUUUGACCGACGCAGAACCUCCUUCAGACCUCGACGAUGCCCAAGAUAUGGAAAACAAUGAUCAAAAUACACAACCUCAUAGCGAAGCUAGCGAAGAAAGCCAAGAAAUCAAAGAAAUUCAAAAUUCAACUCAAAAUACACAAGAACCAACCAAUGAAGAGCAACAAAAUAUCGAAGCUAAUGCUACAAACCAAGAUUUUACAGGCAAUUUCCUUUCUUCUGAUGACGAAAUAAUAUAUGAUGAAAUUCCAAAGCAAAACUCAUCAGACAUUAGUGAUAACGAAAAGGAAUCAACAGAUAAUCACGAUAUUCCUACAAAAGAAACCGAAAUCAAUUCAAAUAAUAAUGAAAAUAUUAUUAUUUCAGAAAAAGAGGUUUUUCUAUGGGAAAUCAUCAGUGACAAUGGAUCCAACAACAUUGCCUUUGGAAAACAGAAGCUAACAAAGCAGUAUCCCCAAAAAAUCGACAAAAUCAAAUUGCAUCAAAAAGGAAGCGGCACAAUCACUGUUGAUUACAUUGAUGAGAGGUAUAACGAUGCGAUAAACAUCAUUCCCAAUUCAACAUGGGUCUUUUCCAUUGAUCCUUCCUUUGGAGAAAACUUUUCUUUGAUUGUCGAUCCAUUUGUCAUUGUUUGGCUGAUGAAUACCGAGUCAUUCGUUGAUUGCGAGCCACUGAUGCCAAUGGAGAAACUAAAUUUCAUCAAAGAAGAUGAAAAUAUAAUUGAUAAAACUUUGGAAUUAUUUGAGAAGUUUACAAAAGACGAUAAACUUUACAAAUGGUACAAAGACAUUGAAAUGAGACAUUUAAGAUUUAUGGGAACAAUUCAUCAGAAGAGCUUCAAGCUGGACCUCGAAAACAUGAAAUUUGAAAGAUAUAAAAUCGAGUCGGAAUUGAAAGAAAUUUCUGACAAAAUUUACGGUUUGAGCGGUUGUAAAUUUAACAUAUUGAGUCCAUUUGAAGUCAGUGAAGUUCUUUUUGAAAAGAUGAAACUGAAGUCGAACAAAUUCAGUGCACAAACGAAAACAAUUGAUUCCAGACACAAAAACAUCAAACACAGAGAAUUUGCACCGACAAACAGUUUGGUUUUGGAUGACAUAAAUCAUCCAAUUGUUGAAUUAAUCAAAAAAUUCAGAUCACUGUCAAAAUUGGUGUCAAAUUGGUUAUCGUUUGACCAAAAAAGUGACAGUGAAGGAAUAUUACAUCCAUGGAUUUUAGUUCUUUCUACAGCUACAGGACGGAUUUCUUCUGUAUUUCCAAAUUUACAAAACAUUCCUUCUUUUAAUGAUGAACAGUCAUUGAAUAUAAGAAAAUUCUUUUUGCCUCCAACAAAGAAAACAAUGAUUUCUGUUGAUUAUUCUCAGUUGGAAUUGAGAAUUUUGGCUCAUUUGUCUGAUGAUAAGAAAUUAAAAGAUCUUUGUAAUGUUGAUCAAGGAGAUAUUCAUUCAAUGAUUGCGAAGAUGAUAUUCAAUAAAAAUAAUGUUACAGAAGAUAUGAGGAAAGAAGCGAAAACAAAUAUUUAUGCAACGAUAUAUGGUAAGAAAGUUGAAAACAUGAGUGGAAUUUCAGUCAUAGACAUAUUUCAAGGGAUAAGAUCUUUCAUCACGAAUACAGUGAUUGAAACACAGAACAAAGGAUUCAUAAAAACAUUCUCUGGGAAAUAUCGAUUUUUGCCAAACAUAAGAUGUCAAAAAGUAUCUGAUAAGAUGAGAGAUGAAAGAAUUUCAGUCAACACAAUCAUUCAAGGGACUGCGGCAGAUUUCGUAAAAUUCGCACUAAUAAAUGUAAUAAAACAGACCAAUCUAAUUCCGAUAAUUCAGAUUCACGACGAAUGGAUAUUCGAAACAGACGAAGAAAUAGGAACUCUUUCUUUCAUUGAUUUGAUUCACAAAAUUAAGAAAUCAUCAGAGUGUUCUUAUGAAUUCGGUCUCAAUGUCAAAAUUCCUGUCAAAAUAUCUGCUGGAAAAUCUUUUGGUGAAUUGUCUGAAAUAUUAAUUUGA